AUGGUGGAUGCCGACGUCGACAUCGAUCCGAACCGACCUCGCCGCGUUCUUGCGGUUGCCAUUCUCUUUCUCUGCCUCACGCCCAUCGCCGUCGCUCUGCGGUUGUACUCGAAAACUUUCAUCACGCGAACCGUGACCUCCGACGACAAGCUUCUUUGCCUGCUCCAAGCUGUUUUUACGGUGUUUUUGGUCACCGAAAUCCUGGGAGUGGUGCAUGGUCUGGCGACAACAAAACGAAAUUACCGGACUGCUUUGUUGACUUCCAACGUGCAGUACUUCUUUGCUGGCGAACUCCUGUAUCUCCUCACGACAAUCCUCCUGAAAGUCUGCGUCGGCAUCCUACUUCUGCGCAUCGCGAUCGUCCCGACGUACAUCUGGAUUCUGCGAGCACUGCUGCUGUCGACGCUGGUGUUUGUGUUUCUGUACCUGUUCCUCGUCGCCUUCCAGUGCCGACCGGUACACUUAUUCUGGGACGAGGGUCCUCGUACCCCAGGCCAUUGCUUCUCGAAAACCGUCGUUCUCGGCACCACAUUCACAGCCGCCACACUGAACUUGCAUUGCGGACUGGGCAUUUGGGGUAUUGUCCUUGUUUAUUGUGUGGUCGUUGGACCUGCGCAAAAAGACCAAAAUUCUGGUUGUGCUCUUGCUGGGGUUUGCUUCAAUCGCAAGUAUCGCCACUAUUAUUCGAGCGGUGACAGUACCGUCUGUAUUGAGCGAGGGAAACUUUCUUCGAGAGACCGCCAACUUCGCCAUUUGGAGCACUGUCGAACCUGGGAUUGGUAUCACCGCUGCUUGUGCACCGAGUCUCACGCCUCUCGUCCGACAGUUGUGUGGAAGGAGGCAGCGGGAGGAGCAGAGUAG